CGCGCGCCCCGCCUGCAGCCCGGGCCGACGAGGCGAGCCCUCCUUAUGCAAAGCGCUCAGCGGAGCGGCGAGCGGGGGACGCCGCGCACCGGGUCGGGCUCCUCCGGCUUCUCCGCCGCCGCCACCGCAGCCCGCGGAGGACCUUCCCGAGCCUGAAGCCGCCGGCUCGGCGCGCUAGGAGGCGAGCAGGCGAGGAGGGGCCGGGGCGAGCGAGCGAGCACAUUGGCGUGAGCAGGGGGGAGGGAGGGCGGGCGCGGGGGGCGCGGGCAGGGCGGGGGUGUGUGUGCGCGCUCGGAGGUUUCGGGCCAGCCACCGCCGCGCGAGCUAGAAGCGCCCCAGCCCGGCAAGCUGGCUCACCCGCUGGCCACCCAGCACAGCCCGCUGGCCCCUCUCCUGCAGCCCAUUUGGCGGAGCGGCGGCGGCGGCAGGAGAAUGGCAUCAGAACUGGCAAUGAGCAACUCCGACCUGCCCACCAGUCCCCUGGCCAUGGAAUAUGUUAAUGACUUCGAUCUGAUGAAGUUUGAAGUGAAAAAGGAACCGGUGGAGACCGACCGCAUCAUCAGCCAGUGCGGCCGUCUCAUCGCCGGGGGCUCGCUGUCCUCCACCCCCAUGAGCACGCCGUGCAGCUCGGUGCCCCCUUCCCCCAGCUUCUCGGCGCCCAGCCCGGGCUCGGGCAGCGAGCAGAAGGCGCACCUGGAAGACUACUACUGGAUGACCGGCUACCCGCAGCAGCUGAACCCCGAGGCGCUGGGCUUCAGCCCCGAGGACGCGGUCGAGGCGCUCAUCAGCAACAGCCACCAGCUCCAGGGCGGCUUCGAUGGCUACGCGCGCGGAGCGCAGCAGCUGGCCUCGGCGGCCGGGGCCGGCGGCGGAGCCUCCCUGGGCGGCAGCGGCGAGGAGAUGGGCCCCGCCGCCGCCGUGGUGUCCGCCGUGAUCGCCGCGGCCGCGGCGCAGAGCGGCGCGGGGCCGCACUACCACCACCACCACCACCACCACGCCGCCGGCCACCACCACCACCCGACGGCCGGCGCGCCUGGCGCCGCGGGCAGCGCGUCCGCCUCGGCCGGUGGCGCGGGCGGCGCGGGCGGCGGCGGCCCGGCCAGCGCCGGGGGCGGCGGCGGCGGCGGCGGAGGCGGAGGCGGCGGGGGCGCGGCGGGGGCGGGGGGCGCCCUGCACCCGCACCACGCCGCCGGCGGCCUGCACUUCGACGACCGCUUCUCCGAUGAGCAGCUGGUGACCAUGUCGGUGCGCGAGCUGAACCGGCAGCUGCGCGGGGUCAGCAAGGAGGAGGUGAUCCGGCUGAAGCAGAAGAGGCGGACCCUGAAAAACCGCGGCUAUGCCCAGUCCUGCCGCUUCAAGAGGGUGCAGCAGAGGCACGUCCUAGAGUCCGAGAAGAACCAGCUGCUGCAGCAGGUCGACCACCUCAAGCAGGAGAUCUCCAGGCUGGUGCGCGAGAGGGACGCGUACAAGGAGAAAUACGAGAAGUUGGUGAGCAGCGGCUUCCGAGAAAACGGUUCGAGCAGCGACAACCCGUCCUCUCCCGAGUUUUUCAUGUACCCAAGGGAAUCCUCUACAUCAGUGAUGUGAACAAAUCCUGUUGCCUGAAGUCAAAGAGAUGUUCCUGAUAUUGGCUAAGACCCAUCCGGAUGCAACCAAGCCUUACAGAGCUGCCUCGGGGCAGGGCAGGUGGGAUCCGUACAUAGGGGGAGGCCUGUUUGUAGCUCUCCUGUCACCUAGGGGAGCUUUCCUGAUGGAACUUAUAUAAACAGCACUUCUCUGGUUCUAAGUCCCCGUCAGUGGUUUUUUUUUUUUUUUUUUUUUUUUUUCCUUUUACCCCUAGUCUUAAAUUAGCUGAGUGGACAUGUUUUAUUCUGACUGUAUCUAUGCUGACGUGAAUUCAAACAAAUGAAAGAAAGGCUUUACUAUGUUAUGAACUGAAAUAGAAACAGAAAACACGGUAAAAGGACUCAGAAAUCUUGUUAAUAUUUUGUAUAACUUGUCGUCCCACGUUGCCCGUAAUCAUCCAGAAAUAAAAUGCAAGCAUGGUUUCCCGAUGCCCAGUGUCAACGUGGGUGCCUUAGUACAGCUGUUUCAUCCAAACACAGAAUUAAAGAUGUCGUGGCUGUGCUUCCCUUGCAGAGAUCAUCAAAAUAUUUGAACAGAAGUGGUGAAUCAGGUGUUCUCAUGCAAAGGACAUGUGAAAACAUAGACUGUAAGUUUGAAUUUCUUGGUGCCUCCAUUCGAGAACAGUGGCUGGUCUUGUCUCUGUCUUCACUGCAGACCCCUCAAGGCUUCUAAAUACUCAGUUUUUAGAGUAACUGCCCCAUCCUGGAAGACAGCAAGGAGUAGAAUGCUGUCUGGCAUGCAGAUUUGGAGAGCGGACCAAUCCAUCACAAGUUCCAUGAGUAUGUCUUAACCAAAUUACAUCACUGUAUGUGUUGGCGCUGAGAAAAUAAGGGAAAAUAAUUCUGCUUAAAGUGUUUUAUUACUGGGACUUACCUAAUUGUUGUUGUUGUGUGUUUAUUUAGAGUCUGCUCCCACCCAACCAAACCCCCUUUCCAUACAAGGCUGCCUACUGUUUCCUUUCCUUGGGCACUGGUCCACUACUGAGCGGAUUUCAUCAAUUAAUUAUAGCAGAGCAGGUACUGGGCAACUGGUUGAAUGGUGCCAUAUGAAAUCACAUUAUAUUUUCAGUUAACUUUAGGACGCUCUUGAAGGGGCUGCCUUACAGAAAGAGACGUUAUGCAUUUGGGGGAAAAAAAGGAGGAAGGAAUUUUUGUACAAGUACAGCACUCGUUACUUAAAACAAAAUGAUGCUUCUGUAAAGAGCUUUCGUUCUAAAAGCACACACUCAGGCACCUGCCAAAAACUCAGAUUUACUGCUGCCGUUCACAGAUGCCAAUGUUGAAACUCCCUUCGUCUGCCGCAUGCUGUCUUUGAUUUCCUCGAUCCAAAUAUUACUGUAAAGUUGUUGUUUCACGUCUGCAUUUUUUCUUCUUUUUUUUGCUUUUCCUGGCACCUAAUGAAAUUAUCAGCAAUAAAUGAGCUACGCAGAA